AUGGAUUUGAUUGAGUUGAAAAAAACUGUGGAAGAAGUUGAAGUUGUGAAUGAGUUAGAGAUAGAUGUCUCAUUUGUUCGCAUAUUAUGGGUUGAUAAUUCAGGACAACAUAGAUGUCGUGCAAUUCCUAGAAAACGUUUCUAUGAUGUUGUUACAAAGAAUGGUGUUGGUUUAGCAUUUGCGCUUAUGGGUAUGACUUCGUUUCUUGACGCACCUGCAACUGGGUCUGGUUUAGGGACAGUUGGUGAAGCAAGAUUAACUCCUGAUUUGUCUACUAUAAGGAUUAUUCCUUGGAACAAGCAAGAUGAAAUAGUUUUAGGUGAUCUCAAUGUUCAACCUGGCCAAGCAUGGGAAUAUUGUCCAAGAGAAGCUUUAAGAAGAGCUUCCAAAAUUUUGAAAGAUGAAUUUGACUUGGUAAUGAAUGCAGGAUUUGAGAAUGAGUUUUUUCUCUUGAAGAGCCUAACAAGGGAAGGAAUAGAAGAAUGGAUACCAGUUGACUCGAGUCCUUACUGCUCCUCGUCAGCGUUUGAUGCUGCUUCCACAAUACUUCACGAAGUUGCUUCUGGUUUACAUUCUAUCGGCAUUCAAGUAGAACAGUUGCAUGCUGAAGCUGGAAAAGGUCAAUUUGAGUUGGUUUUAGAACAUACUGUUUGUACCAAAGCUGCAGACAACUUAGUUUACACGCAUGAAACUGUUAGGGCAAUUGCUAGAAAACAUGGCUUGCUUGCAACUUUUAUUCCAAAGUACAAGUUAGAUGAUUUGGGUUCCGGAAGCCAUGUGCAUCUAAGCUUGUGGCAGAACGGUCGAAAUGUAUUUAUGGCAUCCGAUGGAUCAUCAAAGUAUGGAAUAUCAACUUUGGGAAAAGAAUUUAUGGCUGGAGUUCUAUAUAACCUUCCUUCGAUUUUGCCGUUUAUAGCACCACUUCCUAUCAGUUACGAUCGGUUGCAACCCAACACAUGGAGUGGCGCAUACUUGUUCUGGGGAAAUGAAAAUAAGGAGGCUCCAAUACGAGCUUCAUCUCCACCUGGAAUUCCUAACGGCUUAACAAGUAAUUUUGAGAUUAAAUCAUUUGACGGUUCCGCAAACCCGUACUUAGGCUUAGCUGCUAUAAUUGCUGCUGGCAUUGACGGGCUUCGUAAGCAUCUCUCGCUUCCCGAACCUGUUGAUACAGAUCCAAAUCCUGACAACCUUCAGAGAUUACCAAAAUCACUUUCGGAAUCUUUGGAAGCUCUCGAUAAGGCCGACUUCCUUGAGGAAUUUAUUGGUGUUAAGUUGCUGACUGCGAUAAAAGCAAUUCGAAAGGCUGAAAUUGAUCAUUACUUGAAGAACAAGGAAGCGUACAAGCAACUCAUACACAGUUAUUGA